AUGAACGAAGAGUUCAUUGAAGGCGUCUCUCAGUUCAGUGUCAAGGGUGACAAGGAGCAGAAGCUCCGCUUUGCGUUCAGGAUUUAUGACAUGGAUAAGGAUGGCUACAUAUCCAACGGUGAGCUGUUCCAGGUGCUGAAGAUGAUGGUAGGGAAUAACCUGAAGGACACCCAGCUGCAGCAGAUCGUCGACAAAACCAUCAUCAACGCAGACAAGGAUGGGGACGGGAGGAUAUCUUUCGAGGAGUUCUGCAUUGUGGUUGGUGGCUUAGACAUUCACAAAAAGAUGGUGGUGGAUGUGUGAAGAGACGGAACAGGCCCUUCACUGAACACCCUCUUUUCACUUCUCCAUUUCUGAGAAUCAGCUCCAGAUGUUCCGCUAACACGCUCUCUCUCUCUCUCUCUCUCUCUCUCUCUCUCGGUCUGUCGCUCUCUUUCUCUAUUUUCAAUGGAACUAUUUCUCUGAAUGAUGCCUCUGUUCCCCGUUUUUACUCCCUGAGCCUUGUGACGCCUGCCAUCCUAAGUGUUAUAGAGCAUGAGAUUCUUCUGUCCACGUUCUCGGGUAUUUAAGGACAGUCAGAGAGACGACUUCUCUGUCGACUACCGAGCGACUCAGUGUGGUGGAGAAGGAAGAGAGGAGUGUGUGUGUGUGUGUGUGUGUGUGCGCGCGCACGUGUGUGUAUGCAUGUGUGUACGUUC